AUGUCUGAGGAAAGUGAACCCUUUACUAUUGAUGAAAUUUGUGAGGCCAUUGUGGAGGCUUUUGAAGAACAAAAAGAUGACCCUAUUUCCUUAGUUACUACCAUCGAUAUGUAUGGAGAAGAUGUUAAUAGUAAUUAUACUACCGAUGAGAAAGCUCAGUAUUUAGAGACGCUUUUGGAACAACUUCAAAAGAAUCCUGCAGUUGUUGAAAAAAUUGGAUGGGAUUUACCAAGAGGACUAUUAGCAUUUUAUAGCACAAAAAAUAUUCCUUAUUUUAAGAAUUUAAAAUCAAGUAGAAUUUGUCUUGCAGUAAUGAAAUCAUUCAAUGAAAUUGCUCUAUCUGGGAAUGCAAGACAAUGUAUUUUAAGUUGUACUGAAAUUCUAUCUGAACUUAAUAUUAAAGAAAUCUCCCAAAAAACAAAGGAUGAGCCUGAGGGAAGUAGCACCUAUGCGGAAUAUAAAGAACAAAUGUAUUCUAAGGGGAAAGAAAAUGUCCAUGAAUUGCAGCUUGCAGUGCUCGAUAGAGACCCUGUUGAAUUCAUAGUGGGCUUGGAAGUUUAUUCAUUAUUUGAAUUAUUAGGUACCGCUUUGAAGCGUGUCAAUACUCUCUAUCCAUCAAAAUACUUAAGUAUGACUAUUGCUGCUAUGAUGCAAUUCUUUAGAUCAAAUUUGGCUGAUAUUUCUGAUUUCAAUUUUAUGUUACGCCGUGCAUACACUUUUUGUAGAAAUUAUAUUCCAGCUAAUCCUCCUUCUACUUUGACAGAAGAAGAACAAAAAAUGUCUAGAGAAGAGCUUAAAAAAAUUAUUGAAAAUGAUCAUGCUUUACAGGGUAAAUUACUAAGAACUUUUAGUAUAGCAACUCUAGCUCUUUUUACAAGAAUGACAAAUAUGUGUGCAGAUAUUAAUUACUUCUGUGAGCUAACACAUCAAAAGGCAACAUUGAAUGAAUUCUAUGGUGAAUUAAGCGAACUAAAAGGUCGUUAUUUCCAAUUAGCUUUCUCAUAUGAUGUUGAUUUGAAGUCCGAAUUUAUUAAGUUGAUAGAAGAAUCCAAAAAUUUAUACAAACACUUACCAUCAGAUAAUAAAUUUAAAGAUAAACAAUCUUAUUCUAAUUUUAAGAGUGAUAUCUAUAAGUUAUCAUUUAAUUAUCAAUUACAAAAAAUUGGUAAGCAAACAAAACUAGAAAUGGACCCUUACGGACUAUUUAUUUUAUCUGGUAUAUGCUAUACAGAAACUCAAAAACAUUUAUUAGCUGAUAUAUCAAUUAAGGAUACAUUAUAUCUCUACUUAAGAUUUGUUUCACCAUCAUUAUUUAGCGAUUUGUUCAAAAAUAGAGCUGCAGAGACAACAGCUCAGUAUUGGAUUUGGGUUGCAAUCACUAAUAGUUCUAUUAAGGAUUUGAAAGAUGAAUUAAAAACAAUUCCAUCUUAUGUUUGUACCUCUGUACUACAGCUGUUGCUUGCUACAAAUUAUAAAACAGUUAACGAACAAUUUAGAAUGAUUUAUUUCACGCUAAUCACACGUUUAUUAUGCUUACUUCCUGAGGAUACUUCCUUCCAAUUUGUAAAUGAUAUAUUAUCUGAUAAUGCGUCAACCCCAAUGGCAAAAUCAAUAGUAUUAUGCAUGUUUAAAGAUUUAUUAGUCAGAACCUGGGCAGAUCCUACUUCAGAAACAGAUGUAAAAGAUAUGACGAAAAAUGUGGCAGAAAUUAAUUUAAAUAAUACGAAUGAUAAUGAUAAGAAAGUAAACCAACAGGAAUCAAAAGAUAAGCUACCAAAGUCUAAAGCAUAUCUAACAUUAAAUGAAGAAAGACGUAAAAUUAUUCUAGACACUGUACUACAUACAAUUAAAGGUAUUUCAAAAUAUAUGGAUAAAGAUGGUUACUUGUUAUUAAUUCUGAAUUACAUAAAUUUUAUGAAUUCAUUGAGCAACUCUUGGGAAAAGUCUCAAUUGAAAGAAAUUAAUGAAACGUUAACUGAAGUUCUUGAAAAAACUGAUAUUCAGCAGAAAUCUGUUUUAGAUAAAAUUGUUACCGCGAAUAAUAAACUUUACGAAAUAUGUAAAUAA